AUGUCAUUAAAUGAAACGGAAAAUGAUGCUGAAAUCGCUCGAAUUUUAGCUGAAGAAUAUACUAUUGCAUCUGAUUCAUAUAGUCCCAAUUCAUCAAAAACAUGUUGGUCAGUUUCAUCGGAAAAUUUUAUAAUGAAUGAUACGCAACAAAUAGAAACAUCAAUUUCUAAAAAGGAAAAUCAAAAGUGUCUACAACACUUUGAAGAGGAUAAUGAAAUCGCUUUUAUUUUACAAAUUGAAGAGAUUGUUUUAUCAGAAAAUAAAAUUAAUGAAAAAACAAUCAAUAUUAAUAAUACUCAAUUAGAAAAAACUCAUGAAGAUAUGACAAAAGCAUUACAACCAACGAAAGAAUCAGAUUUAGCGACGAGAAUUUUCGGUAUGUUUGCUACUAUACAAACACGUUAUGUUAAUUGUCAAACAAAAAAUCAAACUUUAAUUGAACAAAUUCAAAGAUUAUCAGUUCAAUUAUAUCCAUUAUUGAUAUCAUUUAAAACCCAAGGAAGAACUGGCAUAUCUAGGGCAGCUGUACCUACCCUUGCUAUUGGUCUUAUUACUAAUGUUCUACAAGGUAGCGUACAACUCAAUGAUGCGAAAGAAAUUAUGUUGAAUAUGCUACAAAUAUGGAAUGAAUCGAAUAUUUGGUAUGAGUUUUUCGAACAACUUGUUUAUAUAUUAGUUGCAAUAACUGUACCAUCAUUUGCUCAAGGAGCUAUGGGAAAAAUAAUGGCAAAAAUUUCACCUUUGAAAUAA